GCCGGUCGUGGGUCAAAGCUGAAGCGCCAGGGUGGCACUAUGGAGGGCGAGCAGGGUCCUCCUGCUUCCAGUGCCAGCGUGGCAGGCAUUUCAAGCUCCUUCACGAACACUACAACUCCAAGUACCAACACCAGCAGCACUAAUAACACUACCAACACUUCCAGCACUACUUCUACCAUUUUCAGCAGCAGCAGUGCCAACUCACCCAGCAGCACAAGCAGCGGCAGACAGACAGUGUCCCAGAUAUCGGUGUACAGUGGGAUCCCUGACCGACAAACUGUACAGGUGAUUCAGCAGGCCCUGCACAGGCAGCCCAGCACAGCAGCGCAGUACCUGCAGCAAAUGUAUGCAGCGCAACAGCAGCAUCUAAUGUUGCAGACGGCAGCGCUGCAGCAGCAGCACCUCAGCACAGCGCAGCUUCAGAGUCUGGCAGCCGUGCAGCAGGCCAGUAUAGCUGCUGGUAGGCAAAGCUCAACCCAGAAUGGGACCUCAUCCACCCAGAGCGGAUCGUCUCAGACUACAAUAAAUUUAACUACGUCUCCUACCACAGCUCAGCUGAUAAGCCGAGCUCAGAGUGCAAACUCAUCCCCUUCCGCAAUCUCCCAGCAGGCGGUGCUGCUCGGCAAUGCUUCGAGUCCCACGCUUACAGCCACCCAUGCUCAGAUGUACCUGCGUGCUCAGAUGGCUCAGCAAAGUAACCUGGUUCAUGUAGCCAGGAGUCUCGGCCGUGCUGUUCCUCUCUCACCACAGCUCAUCCUCGCUCCUACAGCUACCGUGACUGCUCUCCAGUCAGAUGCCAGUGUAGCCAGUAACGCUUCAUCUGCACAGGUACAGAAUCUUGCCAUUCGCAGUCAACAGGGGGCAGCAUCGUUCUCUCAGUCUGCUGGUCUGCAGGCCCUCAGUCUCAAGCAGACUCCUGUCACGAUCCAGCCUACUCCUCUCAUCAAGACUAGCCAGAGUGCCUCCAGCUCAGGGACCAUCGCAGGGAAGGUUGGACUCUCUGCGGCUUCUUUAGAUGGAGGGAGGAAGCCGGAGAAUGGAGGAGAGACGGAGGCCAGGGCGGUAAACAUGAGCCGCAGCGUCACGUCUUCUCAGCCCCUUAUUGCACCAGCGUACGCCCAGAUUCAACCCCAAGCCCUGAUCAAGCAGCACUCUCAACAAUUCAUCCUUCAACCUCCACCCACUCCACGAAUGCAAGCCCAAUUACUACAGACUGCCUCCAUCCAGCCCCACCCACAGCCUACCUCGCUUAGCAUUCAGAGUCCCAUCCAGAGCUCCCCAGCAGGAGUACCUGUCUCGGUCCUGCCAAAACCACCAGCCCUCAGCCAGGGAUCAGCACUAAGCCAACAGGCCACCAUCUUCCAUUCCACAGUGAGCCACAACUUGGGCCUGAAUCAGCCCAGACUUCAACCCGUCCAGCUUACAGCCAUCAACCUGCAGAUUCAGCCUGCACAAAACCAGGCCUCCAGACUUGCUCAGGAAAGUAAGGAUAAGCCUACAUCUCUGGUCAUAAGGGAAAUUUGCCCACCACUGGGCGCACAAGUGCUCACAUCCACCCCAUCACAGAAUACCAAUCCUCCAGAACCACCCAAAGCUGACACAGGGACAUCUACAAUACAAACACAAGGCGCAGUAGAGACCCCGAGCGUAGAAACCAUGACCCCACGAGGAGAAAGUGAGCCAGCUAACGGUGAAAACAAACCCCCUCAAGCCAUCGUCAAGCCCCAUGUGCUUACACACGUUAUUGAAGGUUUCGUCAUCCAGGAAGGAGCUGAACCAUUCCCUGUCGAAAGGUCUUACGUUCAGACCGACAGCCUUAAGAAAGCAGAUCAGCAGCUGCCUUCAGACCAAGACAAAACCCCUCUCAGUAAUGCACACAACACCACCGACUCAGAGCCGGAGGAACCUGCACAGCAAGGUCCAGCGUUGAGGGAUGAGGAGCCAGAGGAGCCCAAGCUGACGUGUGAGUUCUGUGGCUGGGUUGACCUGGCCUAUAAGUUUAAAGGCUCCAAGCGUUUCUGCUCUGUCGUGUGUGCAAAAAGGUACAACGUCGGGUGCACAAAACGGAUUGGCCUCUUCCGCCCUGACAGAACUAAACCAGGCAAUCGAUGGAGGAGAAGAUCAGACAGUCGAGGUCACAGAGGUUCAGAUCCUAAGAAACAGAGGCUUUCUGUAUCGCAGCAGUCUCAGGGCGAGUCCGUGUCCUCACCGCUUCCCUCUCAGCCCAGUCAGGGAGAGUCCAGUCCCUGCUCGGACAUCUCCAGCUAUGAGGAGCCUCCCUCCCCUCUGUCUGCAGCCAGCUCCGGACCUGUGGUGCCACCGCGAGGACUCUCCACACCCGACCCCGACGAGGUUCCUACUCUUAAUCAGCACUUCCUGCCAUGUGAUCCUACCAAGUGGAACGUGCAAGAGGUGUUUGAGUUUAUCCGCUCCCUGCCAGGUUGUCAGGAGAUUGCAGAUGAGUUCCGUUCUCAGGAGAUUGAUGGACAGGCAAUGCUGCUACUAAAGGAGGACCACCUCAUGAGUGCCAUGAAUAUCAAACUUGGUCCAGCGCUUAAGAUCUUCGCCCGCAUUAAUAUGCUUAAAGACUCCUAGCCAAACAAGUCAACAUGAGAGAGUGUGUAUGGGUGUAUGUGCAAGUCUCGUGUGUUUCUCUGCGGUUAUCGAGCAGACCUCAUGAAUAUGAAUGCACUAUAAUGCAUACGAUUACAGAUUUGGGCAAAAGCUCAAGCAGAACUUUCUUAAGGUCACAAAAUCAGUGGAAAGAUUUAAUUCAUGCUAUCAAGAAUGGCACAAAUAAAACAAAACACUCCAAAAUCCUUUCUCUGUUCUGUAAACAGUACAUGUACAAGUGAAACGACACAGAGCUUGUAGAAGGUCCAAACUUUCAGAUCCAACAAGUAAGUUGUUCAGCAACCUGGGUUAUUUUCAAAUACAAGACAAUUCAGCAUUUUUGGACUGUAUGUUAAUAAUAAUUUCAGAAGUUAUUUAAUCGUUUUGUACAUGCCUGAUGCUUUUAUAGAACUAUGUUUAAGUAAAUUAUUCAGAUGUGUGUGCAAGUGUGUCUAAGUUAAACCACAGAAAACGGUGCUAUAUGGAGCUAAAUCACAUAUUAAAACAAAUAACGCAAACUCAUUAUGACAGUUUUUACAAUGAGAAUACAUUGUAUGUAACUUUUCAGAAAAGCCUUUAUUUAGGUUGUAACUACAAGGAAUGUUUUUCUGUCCAAAGCACAGCUCAGUGAAAUCAUUUUUUUUAACUUUAAAAUAUUCAUAUGUGUGCUUACAUGUUCCCAGAUUUGUCAGUGUGUGUCAGUAGACAGGUUUGUAAUACUGUCUUGUGUUUUGGUUGGGCAUGCUUUGUAAAAUGCCUGUAUUUAUGGAAUGGAUUUAAAUUGUUAAUAUAACAUUUUUAAAAGAAAAAACA